UGUGAUCAGGUGCGCUCUAGUGGCGGUGUGUUGCUGAAGAUGGCGUGCUGUGGAGGCUGUUUGUGUUGUCACUGCUGCUGCAAUGAAGGCGAUAUAAGAACACCAGAGGAGCUGACAAUACUGGGUGAAACCAGAGAAGAUGAUGAUGAUGAAAUAUUGCCAAGAAAAGACUAUGAGAGUUUGGAUUAUGACCGAUGUAUAAAUGAGCCAUUCUUGGAGGUUUUAGAGGGGUUGGAUAAUAAGAAAGCCAGAAAGUAUGAAGCGAUAAAGUGGAUUUUGGUCUUUGCAAUUGGAGUAUCAACAGGCCUGACUGGCCUGUUUGUGGAUUUCUUUGUGCGGCUCUUCACUCAGCUAAAGUUCAGCUUGGUUGGAAAAUCUGUGGAGGAUUGCAGUGAGAAUGGCUGUUUAGCUCUCUCAUUACUGGAGCUGCUGGCUCUCAAUAUGAUGUUCAUAUUCAUCUCCAGUGUUCUGGUGCUCAUUGAGCCUGUUGCAGCUGGGUCUGGUAUCCCAGAAAUUAAAAGUUACCUUAACGGAGUAAAGAUUCCAGGGAUUGUGCGGCUGCGGACCUUCAUUUGUAAAGUCACUGGUGUCCUGUUUGCUGUUGCUGGAGGGUUGUUUGUUGGUAAAGAGGGACCGAUGAUCCACAGUGGAGCGAUAGUAGGGGCAGGACUUCCUCAGUUUCAGAGCAUCACCUUCAAGAAGAUUCGCUUUCACUUCCCAUAUUUCCGCAGUGACAGGGACAAAAGGGAUUUUGUGUCGGCGGGUGCAGCAGCCGGAGUUGCGGCUGCCUUCGGGGCACCCAUAGGGGGCACACUCUUUAGUCUGGAGGAGGGCUCAUCCUUCUGGAACCAGGCUCUCACAUGGAAAGUGUUGUUCUGCUCCAUGUCUGCCACUUUUACACUCAACUUCUUUCGUUCUGGGAUCAACUUCAAUAAAUGGGGAUCAUUCCAGCUCCCUGGCCUGCUCAACUUUGGAGAGUUCAAGUGCACAGAUGGAGAUAAGUCAUGUCAUUUGUGGACGGCAGUAGAUUUGGCGUUUUUUGUAUUAAUGGGGGUGGCAGGAGGUCUGCUCGGCGCGCUGUUCAACUGCAUCAACAAACGGCUGGCAAAAUACCGCAUGAGAAACGUUCAUCCCAAAGCAAGAUUCAUCAGGGUGUUGGAGAGUCUAUUGGUGUGUAUGGUGACCACACUAGUGAUCUUCAUGGCUUCAGUGACUCUGGGGGAGUGCCGAGAUUUAGUCUCCACCAUAAAUAACAACACAUCGACACAGGGUUCUGUAAAUGAGGAGGUGAACUCAACCAUACGACGAUUCUUCUGCUACAACAACACAUAUAAUGACAUGGCGACUCUGUUCUUUAACCCUCAAGAGGUGGCAAUCCAUCAGCUCUUCCACCAGAAUGCUACCUUCAGUCCGGUCACCCUCUCGCUGUUUUUCGUGCUGUAUUUCUUUCUGAGCUGUUGGACAUAUGGUGUGUCCGUCCCCAGUGGUCUGUUUGUCCCGUCUCUUCUCUGCGGAGCUUCACUUGGACGCCUGGUGGCCAAUGUCCUCAAAAUUAACUUCCAUAUGCAAAUCUAUUCGGGGACCUUUGCCUUGAUUGGAGCAGCUGCUUUCCUAGGAGGCGUGGUUAGAAUGACCAUCAGCCUGACAGUAAUCUUAAUUGAAUCGACCAAUGAGAUCACCUACGGACUUCCCAUUAUGAUUACACUGAUGGUGGCCAAAUGGACAGGAGAUUUCUUUAAUAAGGGCAUAUAUGAUAUUCACAUUCACCUGAAAGGAGUCCCGCUGCUAGAGUGGGAAACAGAAGUCGAGAUGGACAAAUUGACAGCCAGUGACAUCAUGGAGCCCAACCUGACGUACGUGUAUCCUCACACCCGUAUUCAGUCUCUGGUCAGCAUCCUGAGGACCACAGUCUAUCACGCCUUCCCCGUCGUCACCGAGAACAGAGAUAACGAGAAGGAGUUUAUGAAGGGAAAUAUCCUCAUAAGCAACAAUAUCAAAUUCAAGAAAAACAGUGUGUUGACGCGUGCGGGGGAGCAGAGACGGAGGUGUCAGUCGAUGAAAUCGUACCCUUCGAGUGAGCUACGCAAUGUGUGUGAUGAGCAGGUUGUUGUGGAGCCGGCGGAGGAAGGGCAUGACAUGCUUCAGCAGAUGCUUGAGAGGAGGCAUGUGCCGUACCCAAACCUUUACCCGGACCAGUCUCCCAGUGAGGAGUGGACCAUGGAGGAGAGGUUCCGCCCGCUCACCUUUCACGGGCUCAUCCUGCGUUCACAGCUCGUCAACUUGCUGAUCCGCGGGGUCUGCUAUGCUGAAAACCAGUCGAGCGCCUCACAGCCACGGCUCUCUCAUUCAGAGAUGACUGAGGACUACCCACGAUUCCCUGACAUCCACGAUCUCGACCUGGCCCUUCUCAAUCCACGCAUGAUUGUGGAUGUGACUCCUUACAUGAACCCCUGUCCGAAUACAGUCUCUCCAAAUACACGCGUCUCCCAAGUAUUCAAUCUGUUCAGGACCAUGGGGCUUCGACACUUACCUGUAGUGAAUGCCGUGGGAGAGAUUGUGGGAAUAAUCACCAGACAUAAUCUCACCCAUGAGUUUUUAGUUGCUAAACUUCGACAGCAUUACAUCACAAUCUAAGACUCCUCUGGCGCCGUCUGCGAUCCAUCGAGUUGGGGCUCGCUUUGGACGAGACGAGAUGAGCCGAACGCUCCAGGGACCUGAGACCAGAUCGCCUCCGCACCUGAACCUCUGCUUCAGGUCGACCCUUAAGCCAUUCCUAGAGUUCGGUAUCUGACCCGUCCAGGCACAAACACACACAAACACGCACUAAUGCAGGUGAGAUACCAUUAAUCAACACAUUUCAGGACAGCAUCCUGAUUUCCUCAUACUGACCAUGUUCUCUGCCCUUGCUUUACCAAGCUCACUGUAGCACUUUUAAUUUAGUCUCUAAGUUGUGAAUGUUUUAAAUUGUGCUGACCAUUUCUGUGUAUUGAUGAAUGUUUGCUUUUGCACAAAGAGUGAGAUAAACCACUGACCACAGUCCCUGGUCGAAAUCUUUUUACUUAAAGGGUAAAUAUUAUGAAACCAAGAACAUGUCUGUGUCAUUAUUCACCCCAGAAUCAAAAGAUAUAUUUGUGUGUGUAUAAAGAUUUUUUUUUUUUUUUUUUUUUUUAGCAUUAUGGCAUUAUGAUAAUGAAGCACAUUUCCCCCAAAGUAAUAUUUCAAUUCUAUUGCCAUCAUUUAUUCUGAUUUCGAUAAAUUAUUGUAUUAGAAUAAUACAGAUAUUUGUUUUAAAAUUCAAUGUAUUUGUUGAUUAAUGAAAAGGGAGUCAUCAAAAUAUAAAUAAUUAGAAUUGCUUAAAAUUCAUAAAUGGUACAUUGUUAAACGCAUUGUUAAAUAAGGCUUAAUUUACUCUAACUUUUUUUUUUUUUUUUUUUUUUUUGAUUUGGGGUGCAAUUUGGCAUUUUCAUGAAACCGUUUAUAACAAGUGGAAAAUUGUAAUUGUGGCAUUAGCAAUAUUUUUACUGUUAUUAGUGCAUCUUUAAAUAGUCAUUAUGCCCAUUCCAUUGACAUUUCCUGACAUUCUUGAUGCUUUUUUGUCAGGGAAGAAAGUUCUCAGGGUGUGUUUGUAUUAAUGAACCAAUCAAACCACCAUCAAGGCACUAAAUUACAGGGAUUUAUGUAUUUAUGUAAUAUUCUUGUUUUUUGUAAUCUGACAUCCACUGUAAUGUACAGUCAUGAUAUCAGUAUCAUAAUGCGACUGGUUUGAUUUCAAGGGACUUAUAAGAGCAGACUAAAUAGUAUUAGAAGAAAUGAUGGCACAUUUGUAUACUACACAUUCCUUCUUUUUUUUUUCUUUGAUUUAUUUAAGAUGAAUUCUCUGAGGAGAUUUUGUCACAUACAGUUUAUGCUGCAAAUUAUGCUUUAAAAUGUAAUUUAUCUAUUGCAGUUUUUUUAUUGUGAUGUGAAACCAUCACAGUUUUAUUUGAUGCGUCUUUUCAGAAGUAUGUUUUAUAACCAUACAGAUUAUUUGUUGAUUUAAAUAUGUGCUGCAGGACUGAACACCAUCCGUCUGUUAUAAGAGCUUCAUAAAGUGACAUGCAAAUGUUAUGUGAAAAUCAUCUGCAAUCUCAAUGCUCCAUUCUAGUGUCAUGUAUUCUAUCAUUAUGUUUUUUCAGGUGAAUGAUACAAUGCAGUAUAUUCAAAAUAAAAUUCCAGUGUAAGCUUGCUUGGUA